UUCUAGGUGACGUUAACGUCCCAAGACAUAAGAAGCAACCCGCCGAAACAAAACUCCGGUUUAACUUGCCGCGACGGUUACCGCCGAAGAAAUCAGAGGUCCGCCGAGACAGAAACCACCAUGGCAACAUUACCAUACGCUGACGUCGACUUUAACCUCAGAGCUCUGGCCGGUCGAGCCGAAGGAUUCGGAAGGUUCUCCAUCGGCGGCCUCAACGGUGGCCUUUAUCGUGUUACCACAUUAGCCGAUGAUGGUCCAGGAUCACUUCGUGAUGGAUGCCGUAAGAAAGAGCCACUUUGGAUUGUCUUUGAAGUUUCAGGUGUCAUUCAUCUCUCAUCCUACCUGAGUGUGUCAUCUUAUAAGACAAUUGACGGGCGUGGACAAAGAGUAAAGCUGACUGGAAAAGGAUUACGUCUAAAGGAAUGUGAACAUAUAAUUGUAUGCAACUUGGAGUUUGAAGGUGGCAGGGGUCAUGAUGUUGAUGGCAUUCAAAUAAAACCCAAUUCUAGGCACAUAUGGAUUGAUCGCUGUUCACUCCGAGAUUAUGAUGAUGGCCUAAUAGACAUAACAAGACAAAGCACAGACAUAACUGUUUCUAGAUGCUAUUUUGCAAAUCAUGACAAAACAAUGCUUAUUGGAGCAGACCCCUCUCAUGUCAAUGAUCGGUGUAUAAGAGUGACCAUUCACCAUUGUUUUUUUGAUGGUACACGCCAAAGGCAGCCUCGUGUUAGAUUUGGUAAAGUUCACCUGUACAACAAUUACACAAGAAAUUGGGGUAUAUAUGCUGUGUGUGCCAGUGUAGAAUCACAGAUUUACUCUCAAUGCAACAUUUAUGAAGCAGGACAAAAGAAAAAAGCUUUUGAAUACUACACGGAGAAGGCAGCAGAUAAGGAGGAGGCAAGAUCAGGCAUAAUUAGAUCAGAGGGUGAUUUGUUUCUGAAUGGAGCUCAAGGAUUCUUAUUAAAUGGAGUUGGUGAGCAAUGUUUCCAUCCAAGUGAAUUUUACCCUAACUGGACAUUGGAAACGGUUUCAGACUCCCUCAAAACUGUACUGCAAAUUUGCACAGGCUGGCAAUCUCUUCCUCGGCCAGCAGAAUAAUGUGCCAAUCAUAUGCAAUGCCAAUAAGAAAAUUAUUAGUCUCGAAUGUAGAUAGUAUAUCUCUGAUUCUCUGUUCAUAUCAGAAACAAAAACUUGGAGAAUAUUUGAUUCUUAUUUGAAAAUAAUAGUAAGUUGUGUAGGCAGUAUCCACUAAAUUUGGAAACAAAAAGUUUCAUCUUCUGUGAUGCAACGAGGGGAAAUGUAUUGGCAGAUGCUAUAUGUGAUUAUGUGUAAGACUUCAGUGUUAGUAUAAUGUUAUCAUUUGUGAAUAUAUGGAAGGGGUGUAACUUGACUAA